GACAGUGUAGCUCGGCAUGGCUGACGGCAAUUCGCAUGGUAGGGCACUGGAGCUGGGUGUGAAAGAAGCUUUAGACAGAACACACUGCAGGGACAGUGCAGCAGAGCAGGUCAGCAGGUUAGCAGAUUAGAUGCAGCAGGAGAUAGAGCUAUGCACGGCUUGGUGGUGGUAGGAACUCACGCGACUGAUAUAGAGCUGACUAGCAGAGCCUUCUGGGCCCUGGCGGGAACUGUGCGCAGCUGAACAUGGCUGAUCACUGGCAGUAAAGCAGGCAGCUAUGACAGUUGAGUUAAGCAGGGUGGCACAGCUGGAGAAGGUGGCAUGAUCAGUGUCUAUAGCAAGUGCAAACUCAGCUAUAAAGGGUGGUUGUUGGGAUUGCCGACUCUGAAGAUUGCUGAUCAUGAAAAGAGACAACGGGAGAUCAAUAUGCAAAUCCGUGAACUCCGACAACAUAAAACCAACAAGGUAACUGCUUUUGGAGGAGAAAGAGUGAUUAAUCUUUUACGAGUAAUCGAGAGACAUCAUCACAGGUUCUAUAGACCGCCCAUUGGUCCAAUUGGUGCACACUUGAGAUUGGUCAAUGGAGAUACAUGGGCUCCUGCUGCCGAACAAGCUAUUGGGAAGUUGCUUAAUGCUUUUAUUGUGACUAAUCACAAAGAUUCCCUUAUUUUGAGAGGAUGUGCAAGGGAAGCAAACUAUAACCAUCUUCAGAUUAUUAUUUAUGACUUUUCGAGACCUAGGUUGCACAUACCGCCAGACAUGCUUCCACAAACAAGGCACCCAACUACUCUGUCUGUUUUAAGUUCUGAUAACGCUACUGUUAUUAAUGUCUUGGUGGACAUGGGUAAAGCAGAGAGACAAGUGCUUGUUAGAGAUUAUGAUGCUGGAAAAGCCGCUGCUUUUGACACCAGAGUCCCAAAUUUGAAGGAGGUCUACACUUUAGAUGGUUAUAGAAUGUUUUCUCGUGGCUCAGUUCAGACAAUUCUCCCGCCCAAUAAGCGGCUAAGAACUAGCGGUCUUUGUAGCUCUUUUGAUGGUCAAAUAACUGACCUUGAAAGAGAUGCAUUGAAGGAAGGAGAAGAAGCUCAACAGUUGAAGCAGAAAAAGAGGCAAGCUGAGGAAAAAUUCCGAGGUCUUCAAAGUAGUGAACAAAGUGUCAAGAGAGCUCGAGAGGAGAUCCAGGAGAAAGAAAGUCUUCUGGAAAAGCUCAGAGCCAGGAUGAAUGAAGCAAAUGCAAAGGUUGAAGAACUUAAAUUGUCACUGACAAAUUUACGUGAAUCCACAAAGAAGGAAAUCGAUGCUUUUGAGGAAGCAGAAAAUGAAUUAAAGAAGAUGGAGGACGAUCUUCUUUCUGCAGAAAAUGAGAAAGCCCAUUAUGAGAAUAUAAUGAACAAAAAGGUCCUCCCUGAUAUUGAAGAGGCAGAGUCACAGUAUCGUGAGCUUGAGAGCAUCCGUAAGGAGAGUUGCAAAAAGGCUUCUAUUAUUUGUCCAGAGAGUGAAAUUAAAGCUUUAGGGGACUGGGAUGGAAGCACGCCUGAGCAACUUAGUGCCCAACUAGACAGACUGAAUCAGAGACUUCGGCAUGAGAAUCAACAAUGCUCUGAUCUAUUGAUGAUCUGAGGAUGCAUUUUUGACAAAACAGAGCAGAAGAUAUUGAGGAAAUGGGAAACAUACAGAGCUUGUCGAGAAAAAUUGAUGGCUUGCCAAAAAGCCCUUGAUUUGCGUAGGAGAAAGUACGAAAGAAAUGCAACUCUCUUGAGGCGCCAAUUAACUUGGGAAUUUAAUGGUCAUUUGAGAAGGAAAGGGAUUAGUGGACUGAUUAAAGUUAGUUAUGAAGAAGAGACCCUCUCUAUUGAGGUGAAGAUGCCCCAGGAUGCAUCAAGUGGCACUGUUCGUGAUACUAAAGGGCUUUCAGGUGGAGAGCGCUCUUUCUCAACACUAUGUUUUGCAUUGGCACUUCAUAAAAUGACAGAAGCCCCAUUUCGAGCUAUGGACGAGUUUGAUGUAUUUAUGGAUGCAGUUAGUAGAAAGAUUAGCUUGGACACUUUAGUGGAAUUUGCAUUGGCUGAAGGAUCACAAUGGAUUUUUAUUACACCUCAUGAUAUCAGGUAUAUGUUAUUGUUAUUUCUAUUUCUUUCCUAAUGGUUGAGA